GGUGAGGAGUGGAUUCCAACAUGCGGUUGAUUUGCAAAGCAAACUGUUUCUAGUUCACACAGGUCACAAGAAUUAUCAUCUCUCAAACCAAAGCUAAGAUUUGCAUUUCGCAGAGGACAAAAAGUCGACAACAAUGAGUCUGGGCAGCACCAGUACAGAAUCUGAAGUUUCAGAGGAUGAGUUGGAGGAUUGUCCUUUGGGUGAGGAUGACGACUUUAGCAGCGAAAGCCCUGCAAAGAUUCGUUCAGAGCGCUCAGUGUCAUCCAGCCCCAGUGACACAGAGGGAAUCAAAACGACUAAGAGGCGUACUCGGCCUAAGCGGUCCAAAGCACGGAGAGUCGCCGCCAACAUCCGAGAGAGGAAGCGCAUACUGGACUACAACCAGGCCUUUAACGCCUUGCGCACUGUCCUCAAACAUGACCUUAGCGGAAAGCGUUUAUCCAAGAUCGCCACUCUCCGCCGUGCCAUCCACCACAUUUCAACACUGUCUUUAUAUCUGCGGACACAUUCAGACACCGAAGCACAUGUGCCUCCGUGUAUCCAUACAGAGUGUUACAGACAGCCAGAAGACAACCCUUCUCUGCCCAAGAAGACAGGAACUUUCCAGGAACCGAUGGAAAACUACACUCCCCAUCAUCCAGAGCCUCUCACAGUUUCUCCAGAGAUACCUGGGAUUUUGUACCAGGACAUAUCGAACUCUGUACCAUCUUCUCACUACGGCCACUGCGCAACCAACAGUCAGGUACACGUGAGCCAUGGAUGCUACAGUCACCACUGGGAGGACCAAAGCAGUGAUUACUACAGUGGAGGAGCUGGAUAUCAACAUGGGACGAGGGUCACCUGCCAUCAGAAUCAUUUGGACACUUAUGCAGACUCUGCUAACCCGUCUUUGGCUUGGCAGCUGGGUUACCUUCAGUAUCAUGGAUACCAACAAUCCCUGAGUAUGCACUGACUAAAUGCUAGAAUUAUGUUGAAAAACAUUAGCAAUCUAUAAAUAUAGUAAUGUGAAGAUUAUGUUUGGAUCCAUUGCUCAGGUUAAAAAAAAUACUGUACAUUUUAAAAAAAUUUGUACUUAAUAAUUCAUAUAUAUUUUUUAUAUGCACAAAUCCUCAAAUAAAGCAGCUUAUUAUAAACCUGACUCAAAAAGUAUAAAUAUAUUUUAAAUGUAAACCAGUUUAUGUACUCAUUCUAACAACAAGAUUAUUGGUACCUUUAGUGCAGUCAAAUUAAUUUUGGUUAAACCAUUAGAACACCGAAGAAGAUUCACAUUAUUUUUAUAGUGAUACCAGAUCCUGAUCCAUCUUAAUGUGGAAGUCUGUACCUGCUUCCUAAGCAAAGUCAUAACUGAAACUUUAUUUUUGUUUUGCUCAUUGUAAUUUUAUUUCUCCCAAUAUAACUUU